UUUCUCCCCGCAACACCAACUCGUUUCACACAUAAACAACAAGGCACUAUUAGACAGCGUCGAUUUCGUGUGACUUUGGAAGUUUUUGCGUUUCGAUUCCUGGUUUAUAAAUUGGUUACAGAAGCCACGCGCAGUCUCUCACGGCCGCUAUGUCCAGCAAGUCUCGAUGGGCCGACACCGAAGAAGACGCCCGUAUCGACGCCAAACUCAAGGAAGAGAAGCGACGCAAGAAGGCUGAAAAGGCUCGAAAGAUUGAACAAGAGAAGAAAGCACAAGAAGUUGCACAGCAAAAGGCACUCCAAUUCGACGAUGACCGGCCCUCGAAGCGACGUAGGAUCACCCCCGAACCAGGCGCAGACCAACAGGACAAGACACCUCCAGCGAAGCUAUUGCGGUUUCCAGCGGGCACCUGGGGGAAGUGCAGAAGCGUCGAGAAUUACGAGAAGCUAAACGAUAUCGAGGAGGGGACUUAUGGCUGGGUUGCGCGGGCGACAAACAAAGCUACGGGAAAGGUUGUCGCGCUCAAGAGGUUGAAGCUGGAGCCUCAAGAUCGAAACGGCCUCCCCGUCACAGGCCUGCGCGAAAUACAAAUACUGAAGGAUUGCCAACACCGGAAUAUCGUCACCAUGGAAGAAGUGGUUGUAGGGGACGACGUAUCACGGCCAGAUAACUCUUUAUUCCUCGUCCUUGAAUUCGUCGAACACGACCUAAAAUCCAUUCUUGAUGAUAUGCCUGAGCCGUUUCUCUCUUCCGAAGUAAAGCGCCUCCUAUUACAGCUUACAUCAGGCAUCGCGUAUCUCCAUGACAACUGGAUUCUACAUCGCGACCUCAAAACCUCAAAUCUCCUCCUUAACAACCGUGGCCAGUUGAAAAUUGCUGACUUUGGCAUGGCCCGCUAUGUUGGCGAUCCUCCCCCGAAACUCACACAACUCGUCGUCACCCUCUGGUACCGGGCUCCGGAGCUACUACUUGGCGCAAAGACAUACGAUGCGGCCGUAGACAUGUGGAGCGUGGGCUGUAUCUUUGGCGAGCUGAUAACCCGGGAGCCUCUUCUUCAGGGCAAGAAUGAAGUCGAUCAAGUCUCGCGCACCUUCGAGCUCUGCGGCGUUCCCACUGAAGAGACUUGGCCUGGCUUUCGUCGUCUCUCGAAUGCACGCUCAUUACGACUUCCCAAGACACAAGCUGCUACCGGAUCUGUCAUUCGCGCUCGCUUUCCUGGCCUCACUACCGCAGGCGCCAAUUUGCUAGGUUGUCUCCUAUCACUUGACCCCGAAAGAAGACCAUCGGCGAGUGAGAUGCUUCAGCACGAGUACUUCAGACAGGACCCAAAGCCCAAACCAGAGAGCAUGUUCCCAACGUUCCCUAGUAAGGCGAACCAGGAACGGCGAAGGCGUGCAGAGCCUCAUGCGCCUGUGCGCGGUGGACAGGCUGCACCACUGGGCGAUGCUGACCUCAGUGGCAUUUUUCAGGGGCGCGAUAAAGAAGAAAGGGGAGCAGGGUUUCAGUUGCGUAUGGUCUAAGUUUAUGUGCACCCUAGGUUUGCGCCAAUUUCAACAUUGUUCCUGGGAGGCGAUAGAAGCCACCAACGUUUACCACGAUAUGUGGAAAUAGACUCGAAGCACACAUGUAACUGAUUCUAUAGGCGGGCUAAGCUUAUUAUGGGGUUCAACGCAUCUGAGAACCUUAAUUGACGACCAGAGAUACAAGAUUCAAGACAGGGGUUAUGAUUAUCUGAAGACAAACUCGCCGUAAUCGGUAACCAAGGACCGAUGAGAUUAAUAUGUAUAUAGUAGAUAAGAUCAUUGAAUGAUUUCAACUCAUUUCGACCACC